AUGUCCAUCGGUGUAUGGAAGGAUUCGUUCGUCUACGACUUGUCGGUCGUAAUUGUAAGCUCGUUCCUGAUCCUUUUUGGCGUACCUGGUAACUGCCUCAUCCUCCGUGUCUACUGGACCAAGACGCGUAAGACCAACACCCAUAUCUUAGUCAUGGCUUUAGCCGCGGCUGACCUGGCCGUCUGCAUAUUACGAUUCGUCUUUUUAACAGAGAAGGUCUUAGCUCUGGCUGGUGACAGCCGUCAGAAAAACAACCAGCUGAGAACUGUUUCAGCCAAAACAACCAAGACAAGCCCAAAUGGAGGGAAGAUCAACGUCCUACUGGUAAAAACAAUCAGCUCCGCCGACGGCGAAGCUUUGGGAUACAAGUCCCCCAAAGGCCCGGUGGAGCAGUCCUGCAGCACACUGCAGGAUUCGUCUGUGUUCGAUUUGUCAGCAAUAAUUGCAAACUCCAUCGUGUUCGUGUUUGGCGUACCUGGCAACUGCCUCGUCCUCCGUGUCUCCUUGACCAAGACCCGUAAGACUAGUACCCAUGCCCUGAUCAUGGCCUUGGCCUGGGCCGACCUGACCCUCGGCUUCUUAAGAAUCGUCCAGGCCGAUCUGACCGUCUGCUCGUUGAGGAUCAUCCCAGUAGCAGAGAAGGCCUUAGCUCUGGCCAAUAAAUUUAAUGAGAACGAUUUGGUCUUUCGUGCCAUUGCGGCCGUUGGGCAUGUGGCCAUCGCUUUUUCGGGCUUAAUCACAAUGGUCAUUGCGCUAGAUCGCUACGACUGUAUAUGCCGCCCACAAAAGCGGUUCUUCAUCACCCUCAAAAGCAGUGAGGUAGCUGCUAUUGUUACAUUACUGACUUCACUUCUGAUUGCCAUCCCGAAGUUCAUAAGAAUCACGAAUCGGUUAAAUCCUGUCGCAUACCAGGCACAGGUAUCACUCUACAUAGUCUCUCUCUUGACCAUGUUUGCGGUAAUUGUAGUGGCUUAUGGAAAAAUUUACGCGAUUAUCCGGAAACACGUCACAAUAGGCGUUGAUGAGAUGCCAAAAGAUGGAGACGAAUACAACUCGGCAGUUGUCGACAAGAGCACCUUAAAGGUCAUAAACACUGGACAAGACAGAGGUAACUUUGACACAGCAAAUGUCGACAAACCCGUGUCGGUAUCCACAGACAUCCACAGACACGAUUCAGCUGCCUCGGAUCAAGCAGGCAUCUCACAGACCAAACAGACACUGGUGGAUAUCAACAACACUGAUACCGCAUCAAGUAGUGUCGUUUGCAAUUCACUGCGGAAAGAAGCACGGAUAGACAUCAAGAGAAAAACGCAUACACCGAAGAAAGCUGAGCAAGCCAUAUUUAAGGACACACGGUCCUCUUCAAGGUCAGAUGACGGGACACACCAAGUUCCAAAGAGGCCCGGCGGUGUACUCCUGCAGCGUAAGACAACCAGGAUGCUUUUCAUCACUAGCCUGGUGCUUAUCCUGACGUGGCUGUCAUUUUUCACACACUACGGUUUAACAUUCGCUCUGCAUGCUGGUGCGGACAUCAAUGCCGUAUAUCUGGAGACUUCUUAUGUGCUUGCUUUAGCUUUGUAUAUCAACAAUGCCAUUAAUCCACUGGUUUACGGACUAGCGAUUGGACGAUUCCGCCAGGAUUUCAAGAAAGAGCUUUGUAGGAUCAGAUAUUGCUUAGCUUAA